AUGGCGGGCCCCUGCUCGGCCUUCUCUUUGCUGCCUCCAUCUCAGGGGUGGGGCCCUACAGAGAAGCAAAGCCGCAACAAACAACGCAGCAGCAGCAGCAGCAGCAGCAGCAGCAGCAGCAGUAGCAGCAGCAGCAGCAGCAGCAGCAGCAGGCUCGUGCAGCCAGCCAUGAAGUCCUCAACAGAGGCCGCACAAUGGGCCGCCUGUAGCAGCAGCUACCGCAAAGCAGCAGGAGUAGCAGCAGCAACAGCAAGCAGCAGCAGCAGUAGCAGGACGGGGGUUGCAGUAGCCGCAGCAGCAGCAGCCGCAGCAGCAGCAGCAGCAGCAGCAGCAGGGCUGUCUGGGUGGGGCCCUAUAGAGAAACAAAGCCGCAACAAACAACGCAGCAGCAGCAGCAGCAGCAGCAGCAGCAGCAGCAGCAGGCUGGUGCAGCCAGCCAUGAAGUCCUCAACAGAGGCCGCACAAUGGGCCGCCUGUAGCAGCAGCUACCGCAACAGCAGCAGCAGCAGCAGCAGCAGCGGCAGACGCAGCAGCAGCAGACGCAUCGGCAGCAGCAGCAGCUUGAGUAAACAUAAAAGCUCUGGGCGCCGCAGCAGACACCGCGAGGCGCAGCAGCAGCAGCAGCUGCUGCAGCAGCAGCUGCUGCAGCAGCAACAGCAGCAGCAGCAGGAUUCAAAGCCGGAUAGACAAAUCCUUUCCUCGCUAUCAAGCUCGGUGCAGCAGGAUUCAAAGCCGGAUAGACAAAUCCUUUCCUCGCUAUCAAGCUCGGUCAGCAGCAGCAACAGCAGCAGCCGCAGCAACUCAUCUGCUGCUACGAGACCCGUUCCUGCUGCUGCUGCUGCUACUGCUGCUGCUGCUGCUGCUGCUGGCAGCAGCAGCAGCCGCAGGCCAACAAGUUUGCUGCGCCGCCUGAGAGCGCUGGAGGAGAAGCUGCUGCUGCAGCGGCAGUCCUCAGAUAUGCGCCGUGAAGACAGCAGCAGCAGCAGCAGCAGCUGCAGCAGAGAUGCGGCUGCUGCUGGCCGUGAGGGGCCUAGAAUAAAGCAGCAGCAGCAGCAGCAGGAAUCUCCGACAGCAACAGCAGCAGAAACUGCUGCUGCUGCUGCUGCUGCUGCUGCUGAUAGAAGCAGCUCACACUGGCGCCACGAGAAGCUGCUGCAGACAGCCUCGAGCAGCAGCAGCAGCAGCAGCUGCAGCAUCAACAGCUGCAGAGGCUGCAGCAGCAAUAGCAGCAGCAGCAACAGCAGCAGCAGCAGCAACAACAGCAGACAAACGAUGAGCGAAACGGUUGGUGCCUCAGGACCUGCAGCAGCAGCAGCUGCUGCUGCUACAGGCGACCACGCCAGCGUGGUAGGACAGCAGCAGCUGCAGCAGCAGCAGCAGCAGCAGCAGGAGCAGCAGCUGCUGCUGCAGCAAGAUCUGCAGCAGCACGACGUGCUGCUGCCGAGUAGGGUGCAGCGCUCACACAGAAGACGCAGAAGCAGCAAAGCCAGCAGGACAGAGCAGCAGCAGCAGCAGCAGCAGCAGCAGCAGCAGCAGCAGGAGCUGAGAAUUGAGCAACAACAGCAGCAGCAGCAGCAGCAGCAGCAGCAGCAACAGCAACAGCAGCAACAACAGGAGAAGCAGCGACAGCUGCAGCAGAGAUGCGGCUGCAGCAGAGAUGCGGCUGCUGCUGGCCGUGAGGGGCCUAGAAUAAAGCAGCAGCAGCAGCAGCAGCAGCAGCAGGAAUCUCCGAUAGCAGCAAUGGCAGAAACUGCUGCUGCUGCUGCUGCUGCUGAUAGAAGCAGCUCACACUGGCGCCACGAGAAGCUGCUGCAGACAGCCUCGAGCAGCAGCAGCAGCAGCAGCUGCAGCAUCAACAGCUGCAGAGGCUGCAGCAGCAACAGCAGCAGCAGCAGCAACAGCAGCAGCAGCAGCAGUUGCUGCAGCAGACAAACGACGAGAGAAACGCUUGGUGCCUCAGGACCUGCAGCAGCAGCUGCUGCUGCUGCUACAGGUGACCACGCCAGCGUGGUAGGACAGCAGCAGCUGCAGCAGCAGCAGCAGCAGCAGGAGCAGCAGCUGCUGCUGCACCAAGAUAUGCAGCAGCACGAUGUGCUGCUGCCGAGUAGGGUGCAGCGCUCACACAGAAAACGCAGAAGCAGCAAAGCCAGCCGCACAGAGCAGCAGCAGCAGCAGCAGCAGCAGCAGCAGCAGCAGCAGGAGCUGAGCCUUGAGAACCAGGAGAAGUUGCUGCUGCAGCAGGAGGCGUACACGAAUGGCAGCAGCAAGAAAGCAGCUGCCGCUGCAGCAGCAUGCGAGCUACGGCCGGCACACCACUCCGUCGAGGAAGAGAGACACAGCAGCAGCAGCAGCAGCAACAGCAGCAGAAAUAGCAGCAACAGCAACAGCAGAAGAAGCAGCAGCAGCAGCAGCAGCACCAACUGCUGCUGCUGCUGCUGGCUUUCAGCAGCAACAGCAGCAGAAAUAGCAGCAACAGCAACAGCAGAAGAAGCAGCAGCAGCAGCAGCAGCAGCACCAACUGCUGCUGCUGCUGCUGGCUUCAAUACACAGCUCUCAGCGCUGCAGCAGGACCUCCGCACCCUCCGGGAGCGGCUGCUGCGGCCGCUGCGCGAGGCUCGUGCUGCAGCGCCAGAGCGACAGCAGCAGCAGCAGCAGCAGCAGCAGCAGCAGCAGCAGCAGCAGCAGCAAGGUUCGCAGCACCGAGAACCGCAUGCACAACCGCUGCGCGAGGCUCGUGCUGCAGCGCCAGAGCGACAGCAGCAGCAGCAGCAGCAGCAGCAGCAGCAAGGUUCGCAGCACCGAGAACCGCAUGCACAGCAGCAGCAGCAGCAGCAGCAGCAGCAGAGCGCGGAUGGCAAAUCACACAGUCGAGGCAUUGAUGAUCUGCUGAGCAGCAGCAGCAGCAGCAACAGCAGCAGCAGCAGCAACAGCAGCAGCAGCAACAGCAGCAGCAGCAGAAUAAGAAGCAGCAAAGCUUCCCCUGGUUAUUUGCUACAAUCGAGGAGCCCUGAAAGCAACAGCAGCAGAGAAGCCGACCCGGAGAGCUCCCCCCUGCAGCAGCAGCAGCAGCAGCAGCAGCAACAGCAGCAGCAGCAGCAGCAGCAGCAACAUGUGCUGCUGCUGCAGAAGCGGACUGACGCUGUAGGCAGCUCAGCCCCUGGCUUAAAAGGCAGUGCAGCAGCAGCAGGAACAGCAGCAGCAGCAGCAACAGCAGCAACAGCAGCAACAGCUAGUGCUGUAGGCGGUGUAUGGACACAUACAGGAGCAGCCGCUUCGCCUCCUCUACCCCGGCAGCAGCAGCAGCAGCAGCAGCAGCAACAGCAGCAGCAGCAGCAGCAGCAACAGCAACAGCAGCAGCAACUCAACGAGGCAUCUGACCCCCGGAGCCUUGGGGAGGAGACAGCCCGCUCACCGCAGCAGCAGCGGCUGCAUGCGGCAGCAGUACCAUCUGCUGCUGCUGCUGCUGCUGCUGCUGCAGCUACUGCUGCUGCUGUCAGGCUGUCUCCAUCGCACGCUGCAGCGCAGCAGCUCCCCAGCAGCAAACCCGCCGCUGCUGGAGGUUCAGUAGACCCGAAUGCAGCAGCAGCAGCAGCAGCAGCAGCAGCACAGCAGCUCGUGCGGUGUCUUGGCAGCUGCAGCAGCGGAGCCCCUCGCGUGGCUGCCAGCGGUCUCCUGCAGCAGCAGCAGGAGCAGCAGCAGCAACAGCAGCAGCAGCAGCAGCAGCAGCAGAUGAUGCUUCUCUUCCUACGCAGCAGCAACAGCAGCAGCAGCACCAGCAGCCCCACAAACGCCCCGCUGCAACAGCUGCAGCAGCAACAGCAGCAGCAGCACCAGCAGCCCCACAAACGCCCCGCUGCAACUAAAAAAAAAAGCGUCCACGCCCCCACCAGAAACAGCAGCAGAAAGAGGACGGCGGGGUGA